AUGACCCAUUCCGUACCAUCCCGGAUCGUUUUAGUUGGCUCUACAACUCAAAAGUUGUCGGAUCGGUGAGUGCUUGUCUGCCCUCUUUAUUGGUUUAGGCCCGAUUAGCAAGAUAAAGAAGAUGGAUGGUGUGAUUUUAUGUUAGAAAAUCUCACACUUUGGGUGUACUACACUAAAAGUGCAUUGAUUCUCGCUUUGAUGUAUUUUGCAAGAUGUUUUUCUGUCAACAUUACACAAUCAAGAAUCACGUUUUAAAACACCUCAAAUUAUUGCGUAUGUCGAAAAUCAGAGGUCAACACAGACAAAUUCCUUCUAUAUAAGCUCCAAGCCUCUUCAUUUUUCAAUCACAUCGUUUCGCGAUCUGUUUUAUUUUGCAUCGAGUUUAUCCUUACGAUCGACUUUGCAGUUUCCAAAGUCUGUCUGCCCCCAGAUUUACUGACAGAACAGCCAUGGACGGACCACGUAACUUCUUGUACGACGACUACAUGGACUCAGACUUGUACGGUCAAGGAGCGGUGGACAAUUUCGGAGCCGGGGGCCGAGCAGAUUCGUAAGUUUAUUUUUAUUCUGUUGUACUUGCUCGUUCUGUCAUGUGUGAAAUUUAUUAUCUCGAUUUUCAGUUUCCGUCGCCGUGCCAACGCUCGUAGCGCCAUUGAUAUGCCUUUGGACUCUUACACCAGCACUUCUCGUCGUCCAAUUCCCUCCAGAUCUCGUUUUGCCGAUGACUUCCCAACCCGCCAACCUGUCCAUGCCCGAAGAAUGGCCACUGCUCUCGGAAUCCCAGCCAGGCGCCAGGCCUUGGACUAUGAUGACUAUCCAGCUCCUCGUCGGGGUGUCCGUCGUGUGAUCCGAGAAGUUAUUGACGAUGAUGAACCAGUUGAAGAGAUUGUCAGGGUUAUCAGAAAGCCCAGAAUACAGAAGACUCGCACCAUCACGGUGAGAUUUUGAAACCAUUCAUCAUGGAUUUUCUUUGGUUUUGGGACAGUUUUGAUGGAUGAAUUUAUAGGUUGUGAGAAAGGUCCCCAUUACGCAGCGAGUCAGAAAGCCAGGAGUGAAGCCAACAAUCACAAGAACAGCAUUCAAGAGCAAGGGUCGUCCUGGGUAAGUAUAAGUUUAAUUUUUCCGAGUCAAGCAAUAGCUUCAAUUUUUAAUUUCUGUUAUUUUAGACCCUCAAAGGACAGAUCAGGCCCCUCUCCUCGGCGCGUGAGCUCCGGGGGUAUUCAAAAAAGAAAGGACCGCAAGGAGUCCAAGCCCAAACCCAGCCAUGGACAACUCGACGCCGAACUCGAUGCAUACAUGAGGUCUUCCAAACAUCCCAGAAUCGCUCUUUAA